AGUGGUGAAGGAGUGUGAGUGGCACCAAGAAAGGUCUAGGAAUUCAUAGGAGACAGGACGAGCGGACAAAGCUCUGGACUGUCUCCCCUUUGGGGCCACAACCGGUUGCACAAUCCUUCUGUUUGCAUUCUGGCCCGGACAGCCUGCCAGAGUAGACCAUAUCAGACCUGCUCCAGUUCCACUUGUCCUGAAACUCUGCCCCGGGAGGUGACUGAAGAAGGUUCCCCGGCGAGGGCUGAGCGGCGGAGGGAGCCAGGGUGAGCCAGUCUCUUGGCCUUGCGUGAGGAUGGAGGCCCUCAAUGUGUCUGCCCCGUUCAACUUCUCCCUGCCGCCCAACUUCGGCAAGCGCCCCACCGACCUGGCGCUGAGCAUCACCCUGGUGCUCCUGCUGAUCGUCAUGAUGCUGUCACUGGGCUGCACCAUGGAGUUCAGCAAGAUCAAGGCUCACCUCUGGAGGCCCAAGGGGGUGGCCAUCGCCCUGGUGGCACAGUAUGGCAUAAUGCCCCUCACUGCCCUUCUUCUGGGAAAGAUCUUCCGGCUGAACAACAUUGAGGCGCUGGCCAUCCUGAUCUGUGGCUGUUCCCCUGGGGGGAACCUGUCCAACCUCUUCAGUCUGGCUAUUAAGGGCGACAUGAACCUCAGCAUUGUGAUGACCACCUGUUCCACCUUCUUUGCCCUGGGCAUGAUGCCCCUCCUCCUGUAUGUUUACUCCAGGGGAAUCUAUGAUGGGAACCUGAGGAACAAUAUACCCUAUGGAGGCAUUAUGAUAUCACUGAUUAUGGUUCUCACUCCUUGCACCAUAGGGAUCUUCCUCAGCAGCAAAAGGCCACAAUAUGUACGCUACAUCAUCAAGACAGGAACGACCAUCAUGCUUUUGCUCAGCGGGGCCAUCGUAGUGCUGUCCACCAUCAAUGUGGGCAAAAGCAUCAUGUAUGUCAUGACACCCCACCUGUGGGCCACCUCCUCCCUGAUGCCCUUCAUUGGCUUCCUGAUGGGCUACCUCCUCUCCGUUCUCUUCCGCCUCAAUGGACCAUGCAGCCGCACUGUCAGCAUGGAGACUGGGUGCCAAAAUAUCCAUCUCUGCUCUACCAUCCUCAAUGUGACCUUCCCCCCUGAAGUCAUAGGACCACUUUUCUUCUUCCCUCUCCUCUACAUGAUUUGCCAGACUGGAGAAGCGCUUUUCAUCAUUGCCCUCUUCCGGUGCUAUGAGAAAAUCAAGCCUUCCAAGGAUAAAACAAAAAUUAUCUACACAGCUGCUACGACUGAAGAAACCACUCCAGCCGUUCUGAGAAAUGGUAACACAAAAGAGGAGUGCCCCCCUUCCACAGCCUAGCCUCGCCCGGUGGCCUGGAUUCGGGUCAGGUGAUUCAGAAAGCCAGUAUGGUGAACCAAGAGGAGAAAGUGGCAUGAUGAGCACACCAGCAGUGUCUGAGUCUGUCUGCAACAUUUCUAGCAGGUCUCAGGAUCAAGAGCCUUGCCUAGAGGACAGAGGGUGGGGGCUAUCUAACCUAAAUGCCUCACCUACCCCCAGCUCAGAAUUUGAUACUUGUUAAACAAACUUGUUCAAUGACACCCCUAUGAAAGGAACCAAAAUUGCCUUUUGCCCCCGCAUCUCUAGAACAGUGCCCAAUAGGCAUAUAAAAAGGUGCUUAAUUUCUAAACUAGUUAAAAAUGCUUUCCUAAAAACCAAAUGUCCAAAUCCUAUUCCAAGUUUUAUGACUUUAAAAAAAUGCUCAGAGAGACUUAGUAGAUUUCAAGUCUUUUCUAACAACCUUAAAAUUAAAAGUUCAGAUACCAUUAGCUCCCUUUUGACAUCACUACUGGGAUUAAAGCUCCUGAGAAUACAAGCACGACACCAAGUAUACAAAAGCAAAUGUAAUAAUAUGCGAGAGCAAUUAGUCAGGACAAACUAAAAAACUCACCCAUAAUGAAAUGAAAGCAUAUAAUCCCAGAAGUAGAGGGGAAACACUUUAACAAGAGCCAGGCAACAAGAAAUAUAAAAAUCAACAGAAUUUUCGUUAAUCUAAUAGUCUCACAUCAGGUCAUUAGUUAUAUCAGUGGUUUCCACAUUAUGCUCCCUCAAAAUUCAGAGUUUAAGCUACUGUCAGAGUGCUUUCUCAAUUCAAAGAAAAUACUCAAAUUAGAACUCUUAAAAUUCAAAUUUCCUCCAAUGAAAUUUAGACAUUUGCAUAUUGCUCAUGUGUAAACAAGCACUAGGCCAAAGAUGAAAGAACAACUGAUCUUAACACUGACAAACUGCUGAUCACGCCUAACUACUUGUGAUUUCUGUAUCAUUUAAUGAUUAGAUACAAUUGAAACUAUGACAGUUUCAGAAUGCCAGUCUGGCAAAUGUCCAAGACUACUACUAUUCCCAGUACCCAUGCAAACUGAAGAAUCACUAACCUGGGCCACUCACUAAAAGGUCUACCACCUAUCUUUUUUUUACAUAUUAUACACUUACCUAGCUAUUUAAAUAUUCUCAGAUAUCUAACAGACAUCAUUUGCUAGGAAACUUGGUUAAGUACAACAAAGGGGGACUAGUUUAGAGGAAGGGAAGGCUAGACUUAUAAAGAUAUUACCCUUGAUGAAAAAAGGUGGAAAUAUUAAUGUUGUGGCUGAGUCCACAUGGAGAGACAUUGCUGGACUUACGUGCUCACAUUUUAAGGUGUAUGUGCUGCCCUGGCUGGUGUAGCUCAGUGGAUUGAGUGCAGGCCUGCGAACCAGACAAUCGUGGUUCGAAUCCCAGUCAGGGCACAUGCCUGGGUUGCAGGCCAGUUCCCAGCAGGGGAUGCACAAAAGGCAACCAUACAUUGAUGUUUCUCUCCCUCUCUCCUUCCCUUCCCCUCUAAAGAUAAAUAAAAUUAAAUUUUAAAAAAAAGUGUACAUGCUGCCUAAGCAAGCACCACAUUGUUAAGGUAAAUGUCGAAUCAUUAUCGUAUGCCUGAAACUGAGGUUAUAUUGUAUACUAACUAUACUUUAAAAUACAUUGCAGAUAAAGAUGUUAUGCAAAUACUAGAUGAAAAUAUAUAAAUAUAUAGAACACAAAAGUUACACUAUGCCCUGUCAAAAGACAGGUCCUAAAACUGCUUAGGCUCACACCCACACUCCUCAUGACUUCUCAGGUCCAGGAUCUGAGAAUUUAGGCCAACUUGCUGGUUCAAACCACCUCCAUCUUCCCUACCAUUUGUUUAGAGGUUCUUAUUUUAUUGCCUAUGUUAACAAAUUAUUUCUAGUAUCAGGUUGGCCAAGUUCAUUUGAAGAUGGCUCUAGUAGAUCUUAACUUGGAAACAAUUUUGUUAUAUUGUGACAGCUCUAUCAGUGUGCACUUUAAAAAACUUCCCAACUGAAUUUCUGCGUAGCCAUUGUUAACAUUGGAAAUGGAAUACCAACAAUUUCAGCAUACUGUAUUUCAAGGAAGGUAACAACACAACUGGAACCCAAAAAAAGAUUUGUGCUGUGAAUGGAGAAGGUGCUGUGUGAAACACGAUUGAACAUGUCAAGUGUUUUGCAAAGUUUCACGCUGGACAUUUUCCUAUUGGAUGAUGCUCGAGUCAGGUAGACGCAUUGAAGCUGAUCCGAUCAUAUUGAGAUGUUGAGAUCAACGUUAUACCACAAAGGAGAUAACCAACAUAGAGUAUCCAAAAAUAAAGUUUUCGGUGAAAAUGAAAAAUGUCUUGUCUUUU